GGACACCACAUCCCCCCCCCCCCCCCCACAGCAGUGUGCCAAUUCCCCUACCGGAAGACUUUGUCCUGGCAUUGAUCAAACCACACACACGUUAUUCAUUUAGUUAAUCAUCAUCCUCCGACACUCCUGACGUCACACGUUUUCUCAAUGCAAGAAGCGGGUUUACUCUCAUCAGAAGCUACCUGGUGUAGUUGUGACUGAUACGGGUCAGGACCAUCACAGGAAAGAAGGACUUGUGGAAGAUCCACAAGUCGGGCUUUCAACACAUAGAGAAAGUUACGGGAUUGUAAAUGAUUCAUAAACGUCCCAGAAUUUGAUUGGAGCUGGUUCCUAAUUUGAAGCGUGACAAGCCAAGAUGAAAUCAAAAGAAAGGGCCAUCGUUUCCCUGCUGUGUGCGACUACUAUCUGUGUGUCUUGGAGAGGAUUUAGGUCAUGCUCCCCGCCCCAGGACCAAAGGCCCUGUGCUUGUGAGCGAUGUUUAUCCAAAGAUGAUCCGUGUUUUAUGAAGCGUUUCAACAAAUCUGUUGAACCAUUUUUGUCGGCAAACUACAAUCUCUCAGAGGACGAUUUCAACUGGUGGAAGCGCUUACAGCAUGAAAAGGGGAACUUCAGGACCUUCAGAGCAACAGUGGCCAGGCUGUUUCUGGUAAUCCCACUCAGUCCAGAUGUUCUAGAACCCAGCCCUGACCGCUGCAGGACUUGUGCUGUGGUCGGAAAUUCUGUUAAUUUGAGGAGAUCACAUUAUGGACCUCUCAUAGAUUUCCAUGACAUCAUCAUAAGAAUGAAUGCUGGUGUAAUUAAAGGCUUUGAAGCAGAUGUUGGGACCAGAACAACUCAUCGGGUCAUGUAUCCAGAGAGUUCUGUGGAUUUAGAUAACACCACCCAUCUUGUUCUGGCUCCAUUUAAGAUACUGGAUCUUGAGUGGCUCACAAAGGCCCUCACCACAGGAUUUAAAGGAAGAUCAUAUGCACCGGUAAAAUCAAAAAUCAAAUCUAAUACAGAUUUGGUGAUGGUCCUAAAUCCUGCUUUUAUAAGGUAUGUUCAUCACACGUGGCUGGAAAACAAGGGUACUUACCCCUCCACGGGCUUUCUGGCUUUGAUUCUUGCCCUGCAUAUGUGUGAUGAGGUCAGUGUGUUUGGCUAUGGAGCAGACAGCGAUGGAAACUGGAGUCAUUACUGGGAAAAAAUCAGAAACAAAAAGUUCAAAACUGGAGGACAUCCUGGAAAUACAGAGUACAAACUGAUCCAAGAGCUAGAUCAGCAACAGAAACUCAAGUUUUAUACAGGAUUCUGAGUUUUGUCUCAGCAUUUAAAGGAAGGUUGUGGUAGGUGAGAGUAGAAGAACAUGAAGGGAUUUCUCAGCUGACAGACACCAACCUUUUAUGUUUUUGCAUGUCUAUGUAAAUCUCUUGGUCUUGCAAGACAGAUGCUUCUUCUGAAGGAUUAUUUGCAUGUGGUACUGACUCUAUGAAGCCAAAAUCCCAUUAAUACAGGCAUUGCAUUAUUGUCACAUCAUAAUGCACAUUGGUUUCUAUUGGCCGUCGGGGAUCAAGUGAAGCCGUCUCAAGGGACACGUCGCAGUGGAACAACUCAGCGAGAGACUGCCGGAGAGGAUUGUGUUUUCUGACAUGUUGUGACGUUUCCGCCAUGGAGUUUGUGUUGAUGUUAUGUCCACGUUUUGAGCGUCAAACAAAUUAACUGGCACAAACCCAAAGUCAGGAAUCACACUCUCACAAACCUUGGUAUGCGCUCUCGUGAAAUUCGUAAGGGUUGUCCCAAUGUCAAAUUUCAAAGGGCGAGACACUUUCUGAGCCCUUUCUGUGAGCAGACUUCACCAAAGGAAAUUACCCACAGUUCAAAGAAUUUGCAGUUUUUUAUGAUUGCUAUGACAAUUUUUCUUUCCUUAACAGUAAGCACAUCUGUCUCUGUGGGCUAUACAGUUAUCACAUUUCUUGUUGCUUUGACACAAAAUGCAUUCGGUUAACACAAAUUUAAAAUGCUUGAACAUCUUUUACACACAAGCUCAACCGAGACCAAAACAAUGGAUUUUCACUGAAAAAUUUGCUAAUGCUUUCACACUGUGAGCCAGAACACAUGUAUCAUGUAAAAAGCUAACUGAAGCUAACUUACAGGCUAAAGUCAAAGUGAACAGCUGUUCAUAUUGUAAACUGAAACACUAAUAUAUCCCCUGCAUUUUACAGUAUUCCAUUGUUAUUGUAAAAGAGAGGAACAGCUGAUUGAAGUUAUGCAAAUAGAUCAAUCACAGCUGAUUCCCAUCUAGGAAACACACUCAGCUGUUCAGGUUCUUUCAAUCACAUGACCAUCUGUUUUUACAGUAUUCUUUAUAAAUGUUACAGUAAGUGAGUGUUGUACUUUGACAGCAAGGAAUGUAGCUCAGUGUAAAUUAUUUUAGGAAGACCUAACUAUUAAUGGAUGCUCUCCUAAAUCAAUUCAGCUGUUAUCCUAAUAAAUGUAUAUUUCAUCACGUGUGUAUUACUGUCGCAUCUCUGCAACUAGUCUCUCCUGAUUGAUAUGUAUCUCAGUGUAAAUCCUUUCAGGAAGACCUCACUCUUCAUCAAUGCUCUACCUAACUCCAAUCAGCUGUUGGAGGCGUUCACCUUCACGCUAAACCAAUCAGAAUGCUACACAAAUGGCAAGGGCCAAUCACAGAGUCACAACUCUGCUUU